AUGAAUCCAACAUUUUUAUCGAAUAAAGGAUAUAUUCAUCAAACAAGCCAUGCAAGUUCAUCAGUUAGCUUGCAUGAUAUAAGACCCAAUCCUAGACAAUAUGAUUCAUAUGAAUCUGUCGUGAAUAACGACUUACCGGAACCCAUAUUACCAUGGAUGAAAUCAGAAUCAAAGCAAUCUUUAGGAUCUCGUACUUCAGUAGAUACAGCCAGUCUUCAUGUGGUGAAAAGACAGUACCCGAAUCCUUCGGUUAAAAAGAAACAAAGAUGGUCUAAACACAAAUGGUGGUUACUGUUUUCUAAUACACUGGAGAUCAAACCUUCCCCUUCAAUAGUUUAUUUACGUGCGGACGUUGUCAUUGUUGGCGAAAAAUUGAUUCUUAAUUGUGCUAUUUGUUUAUUCACAUCCCUUCUUGGUUACACUGGCAUCAUGUUGAAUAAUAGAGCCGUUUUGACAUUUUACAAUCUGCUAUUAUGGCCAUGUUUUGGUAUGAUUGCUGCUAUCGGAUACACCGCUUACCGUAAGAACAAAUGGAAUCUAGAAGGCAAAUUAUCAUACCAAUGGCACUAUCUACUGGAUUCAGAUGGAAGAGCUCGUAUUCAGGCUAAUGCAAGUAUAAUAUAUCUUCACUGCUGUGGUUAUAAAUCAUUCUCAGACUAUCAUGAAAGAUCAAACAAAUGUUUCCCUCGUACACUGUUACCUGGCUGCAAAUUCAAGUAUCAAACAUUUACUAGAGAAGCUCUCAACAUUACUUGGAUCGUGGCGUUUUCGAUGAUACCUGUUCAUUUAUUUGUCAUGUUUUGUGGACUUCUUUGCUCUAAUCAUAUCAAUCGUAAAUUCGGUAAAGGUCUUCCUCCCAAGAUUUACCGUCUGGAUUAUCAGGGCAUUGUGGCUGGUACGCCAACAGGAAGUUCAUUCAAUUUGUACAGAGAUGGUUUACAACAAAGACAUAUUUAG